GGGCCUGUGCUGCUGGCUGCAGGUGGAGGAUCAGCUGAGCUGAGCGGGGAGGCUGGAGUUUCCUACAGUUGUAGGGCUCUGUGCCCCCUCCCACCUCUCCUCCUGUCCCGGCCCCACCGAGGCUUCUCCGAUGGGUCUCACAGGCUGCGCCCCCCUCCAUCCUCCCGUCCCAUCUCUAGCCGUGGGUGGGGCCUGUGCCUGGACGACCCUCCUGCCAAGGACAUCAUCGACUUCCCCUCGGUGCCGCCUGGCGUCCCCUAUGCUGUGAGCCACCAGUGCCGCCUCCAGUACGGGGCCUACUCUGCCUUCUGCGAGGACAUGGAUAAUGUCUGCCACACACUCUGGUGCUCUGUGGGGACCACCUGUCACUCCAAGCUGGAUGCAGCCGUGGACGGCACCCGGUGUGGGGAGAAUAAGUGGUGUCUCAAUGGGGAGUGCGUACCCGCGGGCUUCCGGCCCGAGGCCGUGGAUGGUGGCUGGUCUGGCUGGAGCGCCUGGUCCAUCUGCUCACGGAGCUGUGGCGUGGGUGUACAGAGCGCCGAGCGGCAGUGCACGCAGCCUACGCCCAAAUACAAAGGCAGAUACUGUGUGGGUGAGCGGAAGCGCUUCCGCCUCUGCAACCUGCAGGCCUGCCCCGCUGGCCGCCCCUCCUUCCGCCACGUCCAGUGCAGCCACUUUGACGCUAUGCUCUACAAGGGCCAGCUGCACACAUGGGUGCCCGUGGUCAAUGACGGUGAGUGCCGCCCCCCAAGGAGACAUUGAGGCUCAGAGGGCUGGGGGUGUGUGGGUCCAAGGUUACCCUGUGAUGCGAGCAGGAGGCCCAGGGCCUCCUCUCCUCGUGUGUUGCAGAAUGUGGGCUGUGACUUCAAGAUUGACUCCAGCGCUAUGGAGGAUCGCUGUGGCAUGUGCCACGGCAACGGCUCCACCUGUCACACCGUGAGCGGGACCUUCGAGGAGGCCGAGGGCCUGGGGUAUGUGGACGUGGGGCUGAUCCCAGCCAGCGCACGCGAGAUCCGCAUCCAGGAGGUUGCCGAGGCUGCCAACUUCCUGGCACUGCGGAGCGAGGACCCGGAGAAGUACUUCCUCAGUGAUGGCUGGACCAUCCAGUGGAACGGGGACUACCAGGUGGCAGGGACCACCUUCACAUACGCACACAGGGGCAACUGGGAGAACCUCACGUCCCCGGGUCCCACCAAGGAGCCUGUCUGGAUCCAGCUGCUGUUCCAGGAGAGCAACCCUGGGGUGCACUACGAGCACACCAUCCACAGGCAGGCAGGUGGCCACAGCGAGGUCCUGCUGCCCGAGUUCUCCUGGCACUAUGGGCCCUGGACCAAGUGCACAGUCACCUGCAGCAGAGGUGUGCAGAGGCAGAGUGUCUACUGCUCAGAGCGGCAGGCAGGACCCGUGGAUGAGGAGCACUGUCAUCCCCUGGGCCAGCCUGAUGACCGCCAGAGGAAGUGCAGCGAGCAGCUGUACCCUGCCAGGUGGUGGGCAGGUGAGUGGCAGCUGUGCUCCAGCUCCUGCGGGCCUGGGGGCCUCUCCUGCCAGGCUGUGCUCUGCAUCCGCAGCAUGGGGCUGGAUGAGCAGAAUGCCUUGGAGCCACCCGCCUGUGAACACUUUCCCCGGCCCCUUACUGAAACCCCUUGCAACUGCUAUGUGCCCCGUCUGGCUACCUGGGCUGUGGGGAACUGGUCUCAGUUGAGCUGCUCAGUGACAUGUGGGGAGGGCACUCAGCACUGAAAUGUCCUCUGCACCAAUGACACCGGUGUCCCCUGUGAUGAGGCCCAGCAGCCAGCUAGCAAAGUCACCUGCUCUCUGCCACCCUGUCGGUGGCCCCUGGACACACUGGGCCCUGAAGGCUCAGGCAGCGGCUCCAGCCAUGAGCUCUUCAACGAGGCUGACUUCAUCCCGCACCACCUGGCCCCACGCCCUUCACCCGCCUCAUCACCCAAGCCAGGCACCAUGGGCAAUGCCAUUGAGGAGGAGGCUCCAGAGCUGGACCUGCCGGGGCCCGUGUUUGUGGAUGACUUCUACUACGACUACAAUUUCAUCAGCUUCCACGAGGAUCUGUCCUACGGGCCCUCUGAGGAGCCCGAUCUAGACCUGGUGGGGACAGGGGCUCGGACACCCCUACCACACAGCCGUCCUGCUGUGCCCUCCACGGGUAGCCCCGUGCCUGCCACAGAGCCUCCUGCAGCCAAGGAGGAGGGGGCACCGGGACCUUGGUCCCCUAGCCCUUGGCCCAGCCAGGCCGGCCGCUCCCCAAUCCCACCCUCAGAGCAGACCCUUGGGAACCCUUUGAUCAAUUUCCUGCCUGAGGAAGAUGCCCCCAUAGGGGCCCCAGAUCUUGGGCUCUCCAGCCUGCCCUGGCCCAGGGUUUCCACCAAUGGCCUGCAGACGCUUGCCGCCCCUGAUAGCCAAAAUGAUUUCCCAGUUGGCAAGGACAGCCAGAGCCAGCUGCCCCCUCCAUGGCGGGAUAGGACCAAUGAGGUUUUCAAGGAUGACGAAUCUGAGGGCCGUGGAGCACCCCACCUGCCCCCGAGACCCAGCUCCACGCUGCCCCCUUUUCCCGUCGGCAGCACCCACUCCUCUCCUAGUCCUGACGUGGCGGAGCUGUGGACAGGAGGGACAGUGGCCUGGGAGUCAGCUCUGGAGGGUGGCCUGGGGCCUGUGGACAGUGAACUGUGGCCCACUGUUGGGGUGGCUUCUCCCCCUCCUCCUCCUCCUCCUCCUCCCGUAGCCCCUCUGCCAGAGAUGAAGGGCAGGGACAGUCCCCUGGAGCCAGGGACUCCCACCUUCCCAACCCCAGGACCAGGCUCCUGGGAACUGCAGACUGUGGCAGUGUGGGGGACCUUCCUCCCCACAACCCUGACUGGCCUCGGGCACAUGCCUGAGCCUGCCCUGAACCCAGGACCCAAGGGCCAGCCUGAGUCCCUCAGCCCUGAGGUGCCCCUGAGCUCUAGGCUGCUGUCCACGCCAGCUUGGGACAGCCCCGCCAACAGCCACAGAGCCCCUGAAACCCAGCCACUGGCUCCCAGCCUGGCUGAAGCGGGGCCCCCCGCGGACCUGUUGGUUGUCAGGAAUGCCAGCUGGCAAGCGGGAAACUGGAGCGAGUGCUCUACCACCUGCAGCCUGGGUGUGGUCUGGAGGCCGGUGCGCUGUAGCUCCGGCCGGGAUGAGGACUGUGCCCCAGCUGGCCAGCCCCAGCCUGCCCGCAACUGCCACCUGCAGCCCUGUGCCACCUGGCACUCAGGCAACUGGAGUAAGUGCUCCCGCAGCUGCAGUGGAGGUUCCUCAGUGCAGGACGUGCAGUGUGUGGAUACACGGGACCUCUGGCCACAGCAGCCCUUCCAUUGUCAGCCCGGGCCUGCCAAGCCGCCUGCACACCGGCCCUGCGGGGCCCAGCCCUGCCUCAGCUGGUACACGUCUUCCUGGAGGGAGUGCUCCGAGGCCUGUGGCGGUGGUGAGCAGCAGCAUCUGGUGACUUGCCCGGAGCCAGGCCUCUGCGAGGAGGCGCUGAGACCCAACACCACCCGGCCCUGCAACACCCACCCCUGCACGCAGUGGGUGGUGGGGCCCUGGGGCCAGACAGGGCUGCCCGAGGAAGACAGUGACCAGUGUGGCCACGAGGCCUGGCCUGAGAGCUCCCGGCCGUGUGGCACAGAGGAUUGUGAGCCCGUCGAGUCUCCCUGUGAGUCCCCUGACCCCAGGCUCCCUGCUGAGGAUGCCAUGCCGGAGGCUGGGCUGUGCCGGGAAUCAGUCAAGGGGUGUCCCAGCCACACAACAUCCCGCAGGCAGCUGUCUGGCCUCAGGGGAGAAGAGGGAGUGGCCCUGGCCCCUGAGUUGCUGUGUGAACCUGGGACAGAGUCCUCAGCCAGGGCCCUCAAGCUGGCAUUCAGGGCCCCCUGCAAUCUCCCCGGUCUGCCUUCUCCCCGGUCUGCCUUCUCCCCGGUCUGCCUUCUCCCCGGUCUGCCUUCUCCCCGGUCUGCCUUCUCCCCGGGGUGGCCUUCCUGCCUCAAACCCCAUUACCUCAAGGUCCAGUGGCAGUGCCCCUACCCUGUCCUGCCUGCCCUCAGCACGCACCCAGCCAGCAUCUCAGAGCACUCCUGCAUGCUGCCUGAGCUGGGUGCUGGCACCAGGUCUCUCGCCUUCAUGGCUAGGGCUGGCCACAGGGAGCGGGGUGGUUAUGACCCCAGUGGGGGGGGACCAGAUGGGGCAGAGAACAGGAACUGA